GGCUCAGCAGCAGUCAUGAGUGGAAUACUGAAGAGGAAGUUUGAGGAGGUGGAGGGAGCAUCACCGUGCUCCUCACUGAGGGAGUCAGAAGAGGAGGAGAUAUCGAGCAGUGAGAGUGGAGACAGCAGUGACAGCGUCAACCCCUCUGCCUCUCACUUCACACCCUCCUCCAUCCUGAAGCGAGAGAAGCGGAUGAGAACACAGAGGGUGCAUUUCGAGAAGGUGACGGUGUAUUAUUUCAGCCGGCGGCAAGGCUUUACCAGUGUGCCCAGUCAGGGAGGAAGCACCUUGGGCAUGUCAAGCCGACACAGCUCUGUACGGCAGUACACACUCGGCGAGUUUGCCAAGGAACAGGAGCGCAUACACAGGGACAUGCUGAGAGAUCACCUGAAAGAGGAAAAACUCAACUCCAUCAAACUCAGGCUGACAAAAAAUGGUUCUGUUGAGUCAGAAGAGGCCAAUGCGCUCACGGUGGAUGAUAUCUCGGAUGAUGACUUGGACCUGGACAACACAGAGGUGGAUGAAUACUUCUUCCUCCAGCCGCUGACCACGAAGAAGCGUCGGGCCCUGCUUCGUGCCUCUGGUGUCAAGAAGAUCGAUGUGGAGGAGAAGCAUGAACUGAGAGCCAUCCGAGUGUCACGCGAGGACUGCGGCUGUGACUGCAGACUCUUCUGUGACCCAGAGACUUGCACCUGCAGCCUGGCAGGCAUCAAGUGUCAGGUGGACCGCAUGUCGUUCCCGUGUGGCUGCACUAAAGAGGGCUGCAGUAAUGCGGCCGGCCGAAUUGAGUUCAACCCCAUCCGUGUACGCACACACUUCCUACACACCAUCAUGAAACUGGAGCUGGAGAAGAGCAGGGAGCAGCAGCAGAGCUCGGCCCCUGGUCCUGCCUCUGUCCCUGCCCCCAAUGGUUACCACAGCGAAACCAAUGGCCACUGCAGUCCACUGACAUCAGGCCAGCAUGCUUUAGAAUAUCCCGUCCCUGAUCCCGUCCAGCAAAGUGCCAUCAUGCACCUGCAAGCUGUGGAUGAUAUGGAUGAAGCCUUGGAAGAAGAAGAGGAUGAAGAAGAGGAGGAGGAGGAGGAAGAAGAAGAUGAGGAUGAGGAAGAAAAUGAAGAUGAUGAAGACGAGAGCAGCAGUUUGUGUAGCCUGUCGGACUCGAGUACACAGAGUCUGGCGAACAGUGACUCAGAGGAGGAGGAAGAUGAUGAUGUUGAUGAGGAUGAAGACAAAACAGAGGAGUUUGAGGACGGCCUGACCAUCGCUCCUUUGUCACACAAUGAGGUGGUUUCCUCAUCCUCUGUGAUGUGCUACUCGGAGAACACGGUCACACAGGAGAACCAAACCAAUGGCAACGCUUAUUUUAUCAACUCCUCAGCUGAAUACUAUCAGAUGGAGAAUGCCAGCUCAGCAUCAAUUUUAGCAGCUGCUAACCAGGCUAAUGAGAGCUAUGGAGGAGAUUCAGCUUCAUAUCAAGAAAGGGUGAACAACACUAAUGGAGUCAUGGCACCAGGAGCCUUUAACAUGACCACUGAGCAUUACACUGACUAUUCACAGCCACCUGAGGAACAAUAUGCCAAUCAUCAUUUCACUCUCACUAAUGGAUCCUCAGCUACAAUUGGCUGCUGUGAACCAGAGCAGGACAAAAGCAUGCAAUCGAAAGGGACCUACCACAGCCAAUCAGGAGAGCUGAGUCAGAUGGAGUACCAAAACUAUCUGAACAAUAACACAGAAGAGGGAUAUACAACUAACGGGAACUGUUUUGUGGUAGAGCAGCCAAAAGAGGUAUCUCACAGCCUUUCUGAGGUUCCCUCUUUAGCAGAGACCACCAAAGGACCCCCAAUACUGGAGCCUUUCCCUGAGCCCACCCCUGUUUAG